AUAUCGUUGGUAGUUAAAUCCCGUUUGAAUUUUCCAUGGCCAUUUCUUCUCCUUUUUCCUGAACGCCACAUGCCGUUUCUUCCUUCAUCCUUCUUCUUUUCAUUUUCUCUCUCUGGUAACUAACAAACCAACAACCUCAUGGAAAAGGAACAAUCAUCCAUGGAUUCCCAAAAUCCUAACCACAAAACUCCCCUAUACCCAGAAAUCAUAGUUUCCAACCCCGAAGCAUCUAACCCUAAUACAGCCUCUUCCUCUCUCUACCCUACAAUCGACCACGACGUUGGCGACCUCGUCGAAGAUCUUUUCCAAGAUAACAGAAGUCCCUCCGCUCCACCGAUCGCCGGCGAGGAUAUCCUCAUUAAAGUUCCCGGCGCCAUUCUCCAUCUUAUUGACCAACAAUACAGCGUCGAGCUCGCAAUCGGUGAUCUCACCAUUAUUCGUCUCCGGCAGGGUGAUAAUACCGUCGCUGUUUACGCUCGUGUUGCAGACGAUAUUCAAUGGCCGCUUGCCAAGGACGAGGCUGCUGUGAAGGUAGACGACUCACAUUAUUUCUUUUGUUUCCGUGUUCGGAAGGAAAAGGAGGAUUCGGAUUCGAGCGAUUCGGAUGAAGAGGAAAAUAAAAAGCAUAGCCGGAGGAAGGAUAGCCGGAAAGGGAAAGGAGACGAUUUUGAUUUGCUCAGUUACGGUUUGACGAUUGCGUCUAAAGGACAGGAGGAUUUGGUGAAGGAGCUUGAUGAGGUUUUGAAGGAAUGCAGCAGUUUCUCUAUUCAGGAAGUGUCGGAGAAGGUGAAGAAGAAAGGGGAGGCUUUGGAUGCUUCUGUGGCGAUGGAGAUAUCGCCAGCGGAAUUGGAAACAGUGCAGGAGAAGAAGGAAUUGAUGGAGGAGAGAUGUGCUGCUUAUUGGACUACAUUGGCUCCUAAUGUGGAGGAUUACAACGGAACUGCUGCGAGGCUUAUUGCAGCUGGUUCUGGACAAUUGGUUAAGGGGAUUUUGUGGUGUGGGGAUGUUACCAUUGAUAGGUUGAAAUGGGGAAAUGAGUUCAUGAAGAAGAGGAUGGGUCCUCCUUCACAGGCCGAGAUUAGUCCCCAAACAUUAAGGCGAAUCAAAAGGGCUAAAAGAGUGACUAAAAUGACAGAGAGUGUUGCCACUGGGGUUCUCACUGGAGUUGUGAAGGUCUCUGGGUUUUUCACCAGUUCAGUGGCGAAUUCAAAAGCAGGACAGAAGUUUUUCAAGUUUCUACCCGGCGAAGUUGUGCUUGCAUCGUUGGAUGGAUUCAGCAAACUGUGUGAUGCUGUUGAAGUAGCAGGAAAAAAUGUUAUGUCAACAUCAAACACCGUGACAACCGAGGUUGUUCAUCACAGAUAUGGAGAAGAAGCUGCCAAGGCAACUAGUGAAGGGCUAGAUGCUGCUGGUCAUGCUGUAGGGACUGCAUGGGCUGCUUUUAAGAUUCGGCAGGCUUUCAAUCCUAAAAGUGUGCUAAAACCUACCGCCUUGGCCAAAUCUGCAGCUAAAGUUGCUGCUGAUUAUAAGGCUAAAAAAUCCAAGUAAUUUAAGGAAUGAGUUCUUCAAUUAAGACGCAGAGCCACUGUUAUUCAUUGCCAUGGGCGACGGUUUCUCUUAGACAGGUAGAAACAGUGUAUUGUAUAUAUUAUUAAAAUUAUAGGUGGAAACAUUGAUGCAAUGGUUUGAUAGUUUCUCUUCACAAUACAUACACUUGUGUAUCUACGGCAGUUGUAUUUAUUGCUUUCGCGGCAAGAACUACACUCACUGUUUUUGUGACAAAUGCUGGAAAUUAAUGAAAUCCGCUUCUAGUUUUUGUUUCCA